UGUGAGGAUAGGGCCCGAGCAGGCCCGCGUCGCCAUGGCGACAGCGCGGCGCUGCGGCCAUGGCGGAGAGCGAGGAGAAGGGCGAGGAUGGCCUAGUAGCUGAAAUUGAGAAAAAGAUUACAGAAGCUUUUGAGGUGUUUGACCGUGAAUCCAAUAAAACUGUGGAUGUCAGGGAGAUUGGUUGCAUUGUCAGGUCACUGGGCUGCUUCCCAACUGAGGCAGAAGUACAGGAACUGCUUGAAAAGAUAGAAGUAGAAGAACCAGGUGGAUUUGUUCAUCUGGAACAUUUUCUUCCAGUGAUGACAAAAGUUCUACUUGACAGAAGAUUCCGACCUAUUCCAGAAGAUGUUAUUCUACAUGCAUUUGAGGCUUUGGAUGAGAAUAAGUGUGGAUAUAUUACCAAAGACGACUUGGUCAAACAUUUGACCAAAGAAGGUGAGCCCUUUACUCAGGAGGAGAUGGAGGACAUGCUUGCUGUUGCUCUAGAUCCAGUAACAGAUACCCUUCACUACAGAGAUUACCGUACAAAGCUGCUGCUUGAGACUCUCCACUGGCUGUGGGCAGAAACAGAAGUUGCAGGACUUCCUCCACCAAAAUGCCAAUGGGCCAGCAUCAGAGCCAGGACUCCAGGGAAAGAACUGGGCUGUUCAUCUGUGCACCUCCACCCAUAACAUCACACAGUAAAUGUGUAAAAUGUUCAGGCUCUUAGCUCUGUUUAGGAAAUAAGAAUGUGCUACCUUUUUCUCUUGUUUAAUUUGGUCUUUUCUCUCGGUUCUCUUAUGUGUUACUUUGUUAAUACAGUUGUGUGAUAUCUUAUGAGGGUUGAAAAUGCAAGAGAGUUUUGCUCUGCCCCACACUCCUGAUGCACUGCUGCACUCUCUGGCAGCUGCCUGUAUCAGGGUGGGAUUUAUCACCAGUUCUAGACUUGUUACCACUGAAAUCAGCACAGGCAAAGCCUUCAUUACAGGCCACAGGAAGAGCCUGGACCUUCAGUUUCAUGGGGGAAAGUGGCUGGGGAUGCUGGAGUUCAGCCAGGGCUGGGAUGGGCAUGGGAAGUUAGGAUGUUUUAGGUCCAGUAAUACACUUAUAAUUGUGUGAAAGAAGGAGAGUAGUCUUGACAAUGACAGGAGGUUGGCAGACAGGUUUCAUUUUGGACUUUGUGAGAGGUAUUGGAAAGUCACACAGUCCCUUGCUACCUGACCUUUCCAUGUACAAAGUCAGAGGAAUUAUAAAGAAUAGGAGACAGAGAGUAUCAGUCUUGCCUACUUGUAUUGCUGACUUUUGUAUCACUAAUUCUGAUGUUUGCACGGUGUUUUGUACUAUGAUGGUCUGAUUGAAAUCAGUGCCUGCAGACCUCCCUGUAACAUAAUUAAUAAAGUUCUCAGUCUUCAA